AUGGAAACCCUAGACAUAUUUCUACAACUCCUUGCACCCUUUUUUCUUAUACUAUGGUGGCGACGAUGGUUCAUAGUUGGCCGAGGCCCGAGGAAUCUUCCUCCGGGCCCACCAUGUUGGCCCAUCGUCGGAAACCUUUUUCAAGUCAUCCUCCAACGUCGAUCCUUCAUGUACGUUGUACGUGACCUAAGAAAACUUUACGGGCCUAUUUUCACUUUGCAAAUGGGCCAAAAGACGUUAAUUAUCAUCACAAGCUCCGAACUAAUCCACGAAGCACUAGUCCACCGGGCCACAGAUUUUGCAACCCGCCCGCCCGAGUCCCCAACCCGUUUGAUCUUUAGCCGUGGAAAAUGCGCCAUCAACUCGGCUGAGUAUGGCCCGUUAUGGAGGAUCUUACGGCGGAACCUCGCCACUGAGGUGGUGGGUUCGGCUCGAGUGAAGCAAUGCGGGUGGAUUAGGAAAUGGGCCUUACAAAAUCACAUGGGUCGGGUCAAAGAUGAAGCUAAUAAGAAAGGGUUUGUAGAGGUUAUGAGCCAAUGUAGGUUAACAAUAUGUAGUAUUAUUAUAUGUAUUUGCUUUGGUGCUAAUUUAUCUGAAGAGUGGAUAAAAGACAUUGAAAGUGUUCUUAAAGAAGUUAUGCUUAUGACUUUACCAAAACUACCCGAUUUUCUACCCGUAUUGACCCGGUUUAUGGCGUGUGGGCAGCUAAGGAGGGCUAGGGAGUUGAGGAAGAAGCAGAUGGAUAUUAUAGGCCCGCUAGUUCAGGCCCGGAAAGAAUUUGUGGAAAGUGACGGAAGCCCUAAUAGCUGCUCAGUCAACAUGGGGAGCCCGGUUGGGGCGGCUUAUAUUGACUCCUUAUUGGGCCUUUAUCCACCGGGAUGGCCCAAUGGGCUUGGGGAGGAAGAGUUGGUGACUUUGUGCUCGGAGGUGAUUAAUGCUGGAACUGAUACUAGUGCUAAUGUGCUUGAAUGGGCUCUCCUCCAUCUUGUGAUGAACCAAAAUCUUCAGCAUAAAUUGUAUGAAGAAAUAGUGGAAGUGAUUGGAAAAAAGGGCGAGGUUUGCGAGGAAGACCUUGAGAAGAUGGCGUACCUCAACGCCAUCAUCAAGGAGACGAUGCGGCGACACCCACCGAGUCACUUUCUUCUCUCGCAUGCCGCCACAGAAGACACCGUUUUAGGUGGCUACACCGUCCCAAAAGACGCAAAUCUCGAGAUUUACACAGCGUGGAUUACCCAAGACCCGACCCUAUGGACCGACCCGGAUAUUUUCCGACCCGAGAGGUUCUUACCUGGGGGAGAAGGAUAUGAGGUGGAUUGGACUGGAAAUCGAGGGGUUAAAAUGCUGCCAUUUGGGGCGGGUCGGCGGAUCUGCCCGGCUUGGAGUUUGGGUACAUUGCAUGUGGGUCUUUUACUUGCUAGAAUGGUGCAUGAUUUUCGAUGGGUUCCUAUUCCGGGUAGCCCGCCUGACCCGACUGAAACUUUUGCUUUUACUAUGGUUAUGAAGGACCCACUCAAGGCUGUUAUCUUACCAAGGUGUUGA